AUGGCACGGGAGCAGCAGAGAGCAUUGCAACGAGAGCGGGAGAGAAAAUCUGUUGCAGAGUAUGUGAAGCAGCAGAUACAGGAGAAGGAGAUGAUGAGACAGCAGAAGCAGCAGGACAAAGAGAUGGAGGAGAUGGAAUGGCAGCAACGUCGAGAGCAGUACGAAUGGGAGAUGAUGAUGCUUAAACACAAAGAGCGAGAGCAGAAGAUGAGAACUCGGACGGUUUACGCACAGCAGGUGCUGAACAGGGAUGCCGCCCGAGCGCAUGAGGAAGACAUGCGAGAGAUGGAGGAAGAGAGGCGGAAGCGUUUUGUAAUGGAAAAGGAGAAAUGGACGACAAUGGUGAGAGAUAUGGAGGCAGACAGGCGUAAUGCGCUGCAGAGGCGCAGGGACCUGGUGGCGCAGGUGAUUGCUGCGCAGAUGCAGGAGGAGAGCCGUAAAAGGGAGGAGGAAGCUGCCAAGGCCCUGGCCAGCGGCUUGGCCAAGCAGCAAGCAAAGCUGGAGCGUGAGGAGAAGGACAGGAAUGAAAAACAGAAGGCCAUGCUGGAUGCCAUGGCUGCUCAGAGAGAAAGCAAUCGCAGACACCGUGAGCAGGUGGCAAGAGAAGAGAAAGAGUGGGGAUUAGCCACGCUCCAGGCCAUGAAAGAGGACGAACUAAUGUUCAGGGAACACGAAUGGCUGAAGGCACUGAAAAAGAGAGAGGAUCACUGCAUGGUGAACGAAGAACGACGUCAACAAAUCGCUCUCAAACGUGCCAUGGACCUGUAUCUGAAAGAAGAAGAGGUGGCCAUGGAUGCUAGAAAUGCACAGACUCUGAAGGAAAGGGCAGACCAGAUCGAAUUGAAGCGGCAAUUAGACAAUGCCGCCAAAGAGGAAAACCGGAAACUGAUGGAACAGGUCCGGUGUAAACAGUUGGAGGACAUGGUACGGGAGCAGCAGAGAGCAUUGCAACGAGAGCGGGAGAGAAAAUCUGUUGCAGAGCAUGUGAAGCAGCAGAUACAGGAGAAGGAGAUGAUGAGACAGCAGAGGCAGCAGGACAAAGAGAUGGAGGAGAUGGAAUGGCAGCAACGUCGAGAGCAGUACGAAUGGGAGAUGAUGAUGCUUAAACACAAAGAGCGAGAGCAGAAGAUGAGAACUCGGACGGUUUACGCACAGCAGGUGCUGAACAGGGAUGCCGCCCGAGCGCAUGAGGAAGACAUGCGAGAGAUGGAGGAAGAGAGGCGGAAGCGUUUUGUAAUGGAAAAGGAGAAAUGGAUGACAAUGGUGAGAGAUAUGGAGGCAGACAGGCGUAAUGCGCUGCAGAGGCGCAGGGACCUGGUGGCGCAGGUGAUUGCUGCGCAGAUGCAGGAGGAGAGCCGUAAAAGGGAGGAGGAAGCUGCCAAGGCCCUGGCCAGCGGCUUGGCCAAGCAGCAAGCAAAGCUGGAGCGUGAGGAGAAGGACAGGAAUGAAAAACAGAAGGCCAUGCUGGAUGCCAUGGCUGCUCAGAGAGAAAGCAAUCGCAGACACCGUGAGCAGGUGGCAAGAGAAGAGAAAGAGUGGGGAUUAGCCACGCUCCAGGCCAUGAAAGAGGACGAACUAAUGUUCAGGGAACACGAAUGGCUGAAGGCACUGAAAAAGAGAGAGGAUAACUGCAUGGUGAACGAAGAACGACGUCAACAAAUCGCUCUCAAACGUGCCAUGGACCUGUAUCUGAAAGAAGAAGAGGUGGCCAUGGAUGCUAGAAAUGCACGUCUGAUUGCCAGUGCAGAUACACAGUUCGAAGACUACACUACAGCUGUAAUCAGAGCAGCUGCAGAGGCCGGUCUGAACAUUCUCCCGCUCUGCAAGGCUGCCCAAAAGGGCACAGGGUGUGGGAUUGAUCCCGUUUAUGGAAGAAGGAGAGCAAAUUACAUUGUUCCAGGGGCCACUUGUGCUCAGAUGCCAGAAUACAUCAGCAGUGCAACCCAACGCAUCAAUGGAUUUCAGAGGAAUCAGGACUAUGAGUCCACCAAAGCUAGACUGGGAUUCAUAUGGUGA